ACGUUUCAACUUUGUCAGAUCUUAAGUGCACGAAAUUAGGGUACUUCACGGUAAUUUACGAACGCUAUUUAUUAUUUAAUGAAGACUUAGUGCUCUUUUUCAAUUUAAUUGUGUAGUGUAAUAUUAAUAAGUGCAAAGUCAUUCCGAUUUUUUUUGUCUACCCAUGAUGUAUGAAAGGUCAACACGAAUUAUUCUGCCAUUAUUGUAUCGAAGGGUUCGGUUUGACCUCUAAUUAUUCAUUACUCACAUUGUUACUAAAUGUAUACGUUUUAUAACUCAGCUUAGCAAAUCUAGAAGUUCUCAUCAUUAGCUGACUCGUCUUGUUUCUUUCGCAUAAAAAUCAACUUUCAUUCAAUUCCUCUUAAGGUUAGACUAUUGCAAAACAACCCAAAAGAGACUGACCCCCAAUUACUAUAGCCCAAAGGGCACUUCUGCUUCAGGUAACAACAUGCGUGCACGGCGCCACGAGCAUUGAACUUGUAGAAUUUUUAUGCAACAGCAGCGCAAUCAAAAAUGAUCGAUACUGCAGCGCAAAUCCAGUUUUGUCCAACUAAGCAGAACCGGCUCUCCCGAAAAUUAUUUAAAGCAAUGUCGCACAACAGCCGCGGUUUAAUGCUAUAUGCAAAGGGUCGUUUGCGGUCAGUAAUGAGUGAUUUGCGGUAGAACACAGAAUGGAUUUUACUCGAAUUGUGACGGUUGUUAGCUUGAUACUUCCGAGCAUUCAAGCAGCAACCGAACCAGUUGAUCAAACGGUGAUGUUCAAAGAGAUUGACUCACUGCUGCGAAGGUGUCCAUGCGUGCCAAUCAAUACUUGCUACAGCCAAGGAGUCAGUCUGAACGAGCAAAAUUUCCUCAACACAAACUUCCAGUGCCAAGACAAAACGUACAAUCACUGUUGUGGUCCCUAUUUCCAAACCUUGGGCAACGACGACUUUUAUUUCGAUGAAGAUGGAUUCGAUCGACAUGGACCAUGGCGCAAGGCGCCCACAACGAUGGCAUCGAAUGUUAUGAUAGUAAUGCCUCCGGAUUCGACCACCCGAAGCCCAGAGUCGCUUACCAAAGUUGUCUUAGUAUAUCCGGAAACUACAACAAAGCCAACAACGACUACGGAAGCCAUCGAAGAAACAACAGUCGAGUUAACUACUUUGGAACCAAUUACCGAUGUAGUGGAUACAACUUCAGUGGAUGAAGCAACGACCGAACUACUCGAAGCAACAACCACCUCUACCACAGAACCGUCGACGACAACGACCACGACACCGAAGACCACGUUAUCCCCACAGGAACAGCGCAUCGGCAGACUGCAGAACCGACCAGGUUACCCAAGUCAGGAACUACUGAGGAACAGAUCUACACGACCGCCAAAAACCACAUCAUCUACCACUUCCACUACGACGACAACGGAGGCGCCAACUACCCGGGGGUAUCCUUCGCGAUACCUCUACAGACCGGACCUGCGUCGGAGACAAGCCAUGAAUCGGUUGAGGUUGUUUAUCAAAACGUCCACCACGCCAUCAUCCGUCGAAGAUUCCGGCGAAGACUACGAUGACGACGAAGAUAAUGACGACGGAAGCAUGGAGGCCAAUGACGCAGAGGAGGGCGAUGGUGACGAACUUUAAAUUAUCAAAGGCUUUCUCUAAUAAACGGAAAAAAGAA